ACUGUAACAACAGCUACACAGACAAUAGAAAUGGAUUCCAAAGCUUCAGGACCAGCACCAGGCUGCCCAGUGCUUGAAAAUAUUCCUUCGGGACUUGCUGUUUUUAGAACGAUACCGUAUGCCUUAAUCUUGCCAGAGCUGAUCUUUGGCUGCUGGGUUUGGAUCCUUGUAGCAGCUACCACGGUGUAUUUCCCUUUGCUGCAAGGAUGGGUUAUGUAUGUCUCGGUCAGCUCCUUUGUCAUCUCAUUCCUGCUCCUCCUGAGUUACCUGUUUGGCUUCCACAAAAACUUUGAAUCCUGGAGAAUUCUGGAUAGCCUUUACCAUGGAGCCACUGGCAUUUUCUACCUGAGCGCUGCUGUGUUGCAGGCAAACGCAACAAUCCGUUCAGAGACAGAAGUGCUACUAGAACACACCCCUCGCUAUUAUCAGCUCAAUGUUGCAGCCACGUUCUUUGCCUUCAUCACUACACUGCUGUAUAUUUUGCAUGCCUUCAGCAACUACUACCAUUGAAAUGACAUGAGUGGGAAUUGGAAUUCCAGAAUAAACAGUUAACAUUUAAGAAGAUAAUUUAGUUGCAACUGAAUUCACCCAUCAGCUGGCACCAUCUCAUUUUAGGUGAAAGAGAUACUCAUUUGUUACAACCUGAAUGUUGCUUAUUUAUACCAUGCUACUGAGUUCUGUAUGAAAAUCUACUCAAACUACUAUAUUCUGAUCCUUGAUUUCUCAUGCCUGCAAUUAUGCCAAAUCAGGUUUUGUCCUGAAAAGCCUGUAUAAAUAAUGUACAUUCAUAUAAAACGGGGAGAGUUUUGAACCUUGUGUCUUCAGUGAACUAUUUCCACAUCACCUCUUCUGUGGAGGAAUUCCUGUUGGUUUGCUAUGGAAUCCUGCAUGUGGCAGAAGAUCCUGGGUUGUAUUCUGAGGUGGUCUAGGGGAUUCUGGGAAUUGAAGUCCACAUAUCUUAAAGUUGCCAAGGUUGAGAAACACUGGCAUAUACUGUAAUGCUACAUGACUCAGAGCGUGCCUUAAAAUCCAUCAUCUCCAAUCUCUCGCAGUUCUGAGUCACAGGAAAGGUGGUGUAGUGGUUGGCAACCCAGAAAAGUGUGUCUGUUUUCUAAUCGAUACAGCUUCCAGAGAAUUUCAGGUUCUUCGACAACACUGCUUGAAAACUAUUCUCCAUUUGGACGCAACAAAUUAUUCAUUUCGGCUACAGCAAAUAAUCUGUUGCCUCCAAAUGGCCUGGGGAACAAUUAUCAAGAUGUCUGGGAAGAGAAAUUCACACACAUUACAGUAGCUGUGACAUAAUGAUUUUUAUCUCAUUAACUUUAUGUGAAAUUUCUAUCUUAAGUAUGUAUGAACCUAAAGUGGCAACAGCUGAUGAAUACCAUCUGUUUACCUUUUGGGAUGCGCAAAAAAAGCAAGAUUCCUCCUGCGAAACUGAAGAAGACUCAUUCCAUCCUGAUGUUACAAAAAUUAAAAAACGCUGUGCAAAUUUUACCCCUUUCAGUAAUGUUAUAUGUAAGGGUAUUCUGCUCUUUGUUAUUACAGUAUAUAGAAUAUUUGUUUUGAUGUAGAAACAUGAAGUAACUUAUUGGUAAACCUGUAUGUGUUUUUUUAGUUCCAUUUUAUACUGCUGUUUCAGUUAACUCUCUUUUGCCUCGACAAUGAAUAUAACUGACUUUUCUCCUUCUUUGCCCGGCUCACGUGAGUGUUUAAAUUGUUGUUUUAUGUGUGAGGGAUGCGCCAUUGCAAAUGCAAAAAAAAGGUAUUAACUGGGCACAUCACUUUAUCAUCGAUUUUAGGCAUCUUUAAAUUAUUAUGGAGGAACUACAGGAGUUGUACAUUUGUAAAUGUGUGUGACUGUUGGGCAUUACAGCUUACAUAGACCAUAAUUUAUUUUUCACUUCAACCAUCUUUCUCUGGACUCAAGGUAGCAGUAUCCAUAGGUGCUUCCAGCUUUUGUCAGAAGGAUAAAAAUGGCACUGUGCCACAUGUUGGGGAUGGGGCCUGUGUUGCAAUGUCAAGAUGCUGUUGACUUCAGUCCGAGCUCUCUCGGACCCAUGUGCAGAUUCCACUGCUUCAAAGACCCUGACGAGUAACGCUAACCCCAAUCUCAAGAGUACGUGGCUUCUCCAUUUGGUCUGAGUGUGCAAGCAAAGUCUUUAUUCCAGUUCAGUUUUCCUCCUUU